CUAUCUCCUCACUGUUGAUGUACAGAGUCAUGUGCUGAUGGGAAGACGAGUGGCUGGCAGUGACCGAUAACAAGCUCCGUGUCAUCAAGCCGACAACUCGGCCGUGGAGUACUUCCUUCCAGCCGCAAUGGCAGAACAAGGUCCAUCUUACUCAUCUUCGCGUAGGCCACAGCCCUAUGACAUGUGGAUUCUUACUCCAGUGAGAGGGCCCUCCAAUGUGUGGUGCACCACAUUUUAUUGGACUGCAUUUUAUUUGCCAACCAGUGGACUGUGGCAGAGACAGGCUGGACAGUGAAGGGGGAGGCGUGUUUAUAGCGAUAAGAAGUGCAAUAGUAACGAAGGAAAUUCACAGAGAUCCGAAUUGUGAAAUGAUUUGGGUGAAGGUCGUGGUUAAAGCAGGCUCAGACAUGGUAAUUGGAUGUCUCUAUAGGCCCCCGGGCUCAGCAGCUGUUGUGGCUGAGCACCUGAAGAAUAAUUUGGAAAAUAUUUUGAGUAGAUUUCCCCACCAUGUUAUAGUUCUGGGUGGAGAUUUUAAUUUGCCAGAUAUAGACUGGAAGACUCAAACGUUCAUAAAGGGCGGCAGGGAAAAAGAAUCCAGUGAAAUUUUUUAAAGUGCUUUAUCUGAAAACUACCUUGAGCAGUUAAACAGAGAACCGACUCGUGGCGAUAACAUAUUAGUCCUUCUGGUGACAAACAGACCCGAACUAUUUGAAUCAGUUAAUGCAGCGGGCUCAGCAGCUGUUGUGGCUGAGCACCUGAAGAAUAAUUUGGAAAAUAUUUCAAGUAGAUUUCCCCACCAUGUUAUAGUUCUGGGUGGAGAUUUUAAUUUGCCGGAUAUAGACUGGAAGACUCAAACGUUCAUAAAGGGCGGCAGGGAAAAAGAAUCCAGUGAAAUUUUUUUAAGUGCUUUAUCUGAAAACUACCUUGAGCAGUUAAACAGAGAACCGACUCGUGGCGAUAACAUAUUAGUCCUUCUGGUGACAAACAGACCCGAACUAUUUGAAUCAGUUAAGGCAGAACAGGGAAUCAGCAAUCAUAAAGCGGUUACUGCAUCGAUGAUUUCAGUCGUAAAUAGAAAUAUUAAAAAAGGUAGGAAGAUUUUUCUGUUUAGCAAAAGUGACGAAAAGCAGAUCUCAGAGUACUUGAUGGCUCAACACAAAAGUUUUGUCUCAAGUGCAGAUAGUGUUGAGGAUCAGUGGACAAAGUUCAAAACCAUUGUACAAUAUGCGUUAGAUGAGUAUGUGCCAAGCAAGAUAACUGCAAGAUAACUUUUUUCUUUAGUUUCACCCAGACAUGUUUCAGCACAUUUUGUGCUAUCUUUACUAAUUGGCAAAAAGAGUGGAUGUUUGCAUUAGUUUACAUGCCUUACAUGAUACCAUUGGACAUUUAUUUUGGUAGCUAUUCUGCUACACAAUCUACAACUUCUCAUCUGCAAAACAGCAAAAUAGGCCAUGGAACAUAUGCAGAAGAUGACAAUCUUAAGGCAUCUGUUGCUGGUGUUGAGGAACGCAUAAUUAAGCUUGUGAGUGUAAGACCACUUAAGAGCCGCUACGUUGGUGAAAUAGGUGACGUGGUCGUUGGAAGAAUAACUGAGGUUCAACAGAAGAGAUGGAAGGUUGAUACUAAUGCGAGACUUGAUUCUAUAUUACUGCUCUCUUCCGUGAAUCUGCCUGGCGGUGAACUCAGGAGACGUUCAGCUGAAGAUGAACAGAAAAUGAGGAAAUACUUACAGGAAGGUGAUCUUAUAAGUGCAGAAGUAUUGCAAGUGUAUUCAGAUGGAUCACUAUCUUUGUACACAAGAAGUCUUAAGUAUGGAAAGUUGUCACAAGGUGUCCUGGUGAAAGUGUUCCCAUCACUUGUAAAGCGUCGAAAAACACACUUUCACAAUUUGACCUGUGGAGCAAGCAUUAUACUUGGAAACAAUGGUUUCAUCUGGCUUUGUCCUACAGCCAGUGCUGAUGAAGAAGGGGGCGGUGGCUUCACACAGAACUUAGAAGAGAAAGUAGACCGUGCUGAUCGAGAAGUGAUAGCGAGGCUGCGAAAUUGUAUUUUGGCCCUGGCAAACAGCAAAAUGAUGCUGUAUGACACUAGCAUUCAGUAUGCCUUUGAUGAAUCCAUGAAAUAUAAAGUUGCUGAAUUGUUGCAGCCUGAGCCUAUGAAGGAUGUUGCAGUUCUUACUAGACACAGGCUGACUUUAUCUGUGUAAAAAUUACAGUUUGUGUUAACUUUCUGUUACGGAAGAGCCAUUGCACCAAACAAAAAUAUAUACACACUUGCUUUUGUGAAAUUCUGGUAAGUCCACCAGGCUGUCAGAGACAUGAUCACACCAAAACAAUUUGAUCGUAGCAAUAUUGUUUCAGUACUCAUGUUAUCGUCCAUAUUUUAUUUUGAAGUUGUUAUAUUUUUUAAAGUUUGUAUGUUGACAGUCCUAAAAAUAAAAUGUAUCUCAUAUAAACAGAACAAAAAAAUUAUUAAGUUAUGUUAAAAUAAAGCAAGUUCGUAGUUAA